CGUCCAUUUGUACAACCACGCAAUCUGCAUCUGACUAGAGGUUUCUCAAUAUACACCGCCAUCGAUACUAAGGUAAAGCAAGUCUAUUCAACCUCGUUCAAUUCUUUAGGUAGACUUGUGAAUUCUGCUUUUCAGAGUGAAAAUUCUUCUACUUGCGAAAUCUGUAAUUUCGUAUUGAUCAGUGUACGUGCAUGUCAAAAGCAUGGCUUCGUUCCAUUUGAUAUUGACUUUAGAUGUAUUUAUACCAGCACGUUUGCCUUGAAAAGUGUACUUACAAAGGAAAAUACAUACGCUUUACACAUUGGCAAGGCAACUUGUUAAGUGAACUUGAGUGAAGUAUAAUUUUUCCUGAGCUCUCUACAACAUCUCGUCCUUGACAGAAGUCGUUGUAAAUUUACUUACCAUUGCAACUUGUGAUUGUUGACACUUCUCGUGGCCCAAAAACAAUGAUGUCAGUUUUAAAAGCGUAUGCGUGGAGGGAACACCUGUCAAGAGAAUGUUGUUAAUGUCUAUGACGGUUUUUAAAGUCACGUUCAUUCAUGAACCUUUGAGCUCCUAAUGAAUUUUAAUUUCGAUUAGAGUGAACAACACGUACGGAAGCAUCGAUGGCCCGCAUGGAUCUCUGAAUUCUACCAAAUUUACUGAACUAUCUAAAAGUUUUCGAGUCAGGAAGGGGAAAACGUAAAUUUCGAGUCAGGGAACCAGAAGUAAAGAAAAUAUGCAAAAUAGUAAUAGACGGGUAGACUUCAUUCCCUUCCAUUAACAAUUAUAUUCCUAUCGCCGUCCAUAGAGCACUACCUACGCGCGUACUCCAGGGCACAAAACCGCUACCACCACUAUGAUCAAUGAUUAACCUGUUUGCUUCGCUAAAUCGUCAGAGAUAAUAACAACACUCAAAGAUAAAAUUCGCGUACGCUCGCGGUUAUGCAAUAUCCUAGAUAUAUCGACUGAGUUUUUUAUAACAUAGAUGUAUGAGCUUAUGUUAUUGAACUAAAAUCCUUAAUAUACUUAAUACAUAUGAGUUUCAAAACAUGUGGAAACUUUUUUACCGGCCUGAAGGCUAAAAUAGCUAUGAACAGCACUAAUUCAAGAUUUGCAUCCGUGAAGCUGGACACAAGUGAGUUUUACUGAUCAAAGGCACAUUACUAAAUUGAGGCUUUCAGAGGCGUCUAUGAGGACACGAGGGUCUCGGUCGAUCGAGAUCUAAAUUUCAAUUUAAUUCCAAGGACUGCCUUGUCAGCUGGAUGAGAAAACGUGAUCUCCUUUUCAAAUGUACGUGCUAAGAAUUGCAAUGUAACUUCCGUUCACCAUGUAUUGCUGAUAAAAAAGCGAUCAUGAAGUCAACCCCCAGGAUUGAACUAGAAGAUUGUGCGGAGAUCUCGGCGCGCUCAAAGUUUGACAACUCGUAAGUCUUCCUAGUUCUUCAUUUUACACGGAAUUUCAAAAUACUCCCUCAUCAAGGUCACAUAUGUAAUCGUAUUCUAGAAUUUAUACUUGUUUCGGGUUUGUUCUCAUAGAACUGGUUAGCGCUCGUGCCAACAGUCGCAACAACAGUCUCUGCCGUUGAAACACUUUUCAUCAAGGUUACAACGAAAAGAUCGAUUCAGAUAACCCAAUUAAUUUACUGACUUGUGGCCAAAAUUCUUCGUAAUGUUUCGUUUGCAAGAGGCUUUUUUCACUCUCGACAAGCCUGCGUAGAUGUUCGCUACAAUAGUCGCCGAUCAGUUAUCUCUUUUUCCGUUUUAUUACGUUUCAUCAUCAUAUUUUGCAAAUCAAUCUUUUUUUGCUUUAUUACCAGUAAUCUAAAUUUCAGUAAAGUGUCAGUGCAGCUCGCCAAAGUCAAUAAGCUCUUUGUAUUUACUGAUCAAAAUUGUUAUUACUUGGAGUUUAUUACUGUUUAAAAUUCAGGGAUCACCCGUCACGAAUUAAUUAGACUUGUCUUUUUAAGGGAUUAGUCCUGUCAUAAAAGCUUUUGGGUAAGUUUUAAUAUUCAAAACGAACUGCUCGUAGAUUAUGAUAGUAGGUUUAGUGGAAACUCUUGAUCCACGAUAGGCUCUAUAGCCCAACCGUUUCGCUCCUUUGUAGUGGCAAAACCUUGACACAAACUUGACGUAAUUAUAUAAAAUGAAAUUUCACUAGGCAUAGGAAAUUAUACUUGUACCUUAUCGACCUCAAUUUACGGUAGGUCUAGAUCGUACAAUUGCGAUUUUUUCCUAUUCGCAUAGUUAAAAGCUCAAGUUGAAUCUUCUUUUUAUUCUUGCAGAUUUUGUCAUUCAAGAACCAUUGUUGUUCACCUCUCUUCAGAUAACUUGAAUUAAACAAAAAGUACUGUUUUGAACAAGAAAAGAAAGCAAAGAAAGGCGACAAGCUCUGGCUAAUUCGGUAAAAUAUUAAGUUCGCCAAGCUACUUUGGAUCCAUUCAAAGAAAAAAAGAUUGUAAGGUUGUGAAAUGGCUUUUAACAAUUCAUCUACCACGCGAUGCAAUGAUGGUGAAUGCCACACCGUUAACCUCAUAGAAUAUUCUAUGACAGAAAGAACAGCCAUAGUGGCCGCGAACAUGCUGAUAUUUUUACUUGCCAUUCCAGCCAAUGGGAUCGUUAUAACUGUCAUAUCACGUGUGCAGAACGUGCAAACGCCUACGAGUACAUUUCUCAUGAACUUGUGCAUCGCGGAUAUUUUGAUAGCUUCCUUGUAUAUUCCGUUUGUGACAGUCGAUUUGUACGUGGCAGGAAGCUGGAUAUUUGGAGACACAAUGUGUAAAUUGGUCUCCUUCUUAUAUUACCUCGCAAUGAAUCUCUCCAUUCUGAUCUUAACAGCCAUCUCCGUUGAGCGAUAUGUCUCCGUCUGUCGGCCAAGACAGAUUCGUUUGACGGCAAAGAAAGCAUUUGUAAUUACAGUUCUUUUGUGGUUUGUCGCAGGGUUUACUGCUCUGCCGCUGUUGAUUGUUAGAAAGUCUAUAUUCAAUCCGAUAGUCAAUGUUUACUUUUGCGUGGAGACAUGGUCUUUCAAAUACUCCAAAGCUUACAAAACUGUCACGCUGGCUAUGCUCUAUGUGACGCCUCUUGUGUUCAUGGCCGUAGUUUAUUACAAAAUCGGUAGAAAAGUUUGGACAAGUGCUGAUAAAACAAGAACCAUGAAACUCUCAACCAAGCAUGCUUCAAACUCCAAGCUACGCCUGACGAAAAUUGCACUAGCAAUUAUUUUAAGCUUCGCAGUGUCUUGGACUCCAUUCAACACAACGACGUUACUCUUCUUCUAUGACCGGAAAAAUUUUCCAUAUUCAAAAGAGGCAAUGCAUGUAGCUCAGCCAAUAAUAUUCUUUGUCGCUUUCUCCAAUUGUUCGUUGAACCCACUGCUUUAUUGCUACAUGAGUCAAAACUUUAGAAAAGCUUUUCAAAUAUUUUGGAAGAGAAGAUCACGCCGUGACCUUGGAGACUCCUUUUCUGUCUUCUCGAGGACAAGCACGAAACGAUUUAGCAGAAAGAGUAAAAGAAGGGCGGAGGAGGCCGUGAAAGAGCCGAACGGUGUACCAUUCGAACAUGAAACUCUCCGAACAAAAUCGGACAAUCCCGACUACUCCCCGACAAGUCAGCAGCCGGAAAUGCAUAACACAGUGGAAAGCAUUUUAAUAACAUCGGCAGUGUAA